UACGCCAAUUAUUUGCUCCCGACGAAAAUUCUAGAAGCUGUUCACGGCUGUCCGAUUUUUAUUUCUAUAUUCCUACUACUCCUUGAUUACAUACGCAGCCUCUCUCUCUGGAUUCUCCGUCCCCUCGCCAAAUUCAUCCAUCCGCAGACGUGGAUGCUGUCUAGGGUAGUUGUUGUUGGGGGGGUGGAAGGAAAUCAACAGAUCUUGAAUUUCGUCUUUGUUUGGCUUUUCAGUGACCUAGAUUACGCCUUUCUUUGAUUUGAGGUAGUAGCUGCGUGUUGUAGUUAUGGCGUCGAAACGGAUAUUGAAGGAGCUGAAGGAUUUGCAGAAGGACCCUCCAACGUCGUGCAGUGCUGGUCCGGUAGCCGAGGACAUGUUCCAUUGGCAAGCAACAAUUAUGGGACCCACCGAUAGCCCUUAUGCAGGAGGCGUGUUUCUGGUUUCUAUUCAUUUUCCUCCUGAUUACCCUUUUAAGCCCCCUAAGGUAGCAUUCAGGACUAAGGUCUUCCACCCAAAUAUUAAUAGCAAUGGAAGUAUUUGCCUUGACAUUCUGAAAGAGCAAUGGAGUCCAGCAUUAACCAUAUCCAAGGUCUUAUUAUCUAUCUGCUCCCUCCUGACGGACCCAAACCCGGAUGAUCCUCUUGUGCCAGAAAUAGCUCACAUGUACAAGACCGACAGGACCAAAUAUGAGGCAACUGCGCGCAGCUGGACCCAGAAGUAUGCCAUGGGAUGAUGCCAUGAUUGUAAGAGAAUCCCACUUGGCUCUUCUAGAGAAUUGUAAUUCUAUCCUUUUCCAAUGUCCUCGGGUGGAAGAAUAAAAGUGCUUGGUAAGGAAAUUUUCUAUUUGUCUCUCUCAGACUUGAGCUUGGCAAGAAAGUUGGAUCUCUAAAUUUGUGAAUAUCCAUUCUAAGACAUUGGAAGGGGAAAAAAAAAACUGUAAUGUAUUGAUGCUUUGUUGUUGUCUAAUUAAUGCUUUGCUUUCUGAAA